CACGUGGAUCACUUCUUGAACGAUUUACUGUGCCAUUGGCUGAAGAUAUAGCAGCGCUUCGUCCUCGUGACAUUGUGAAUCGUGUACGCUCUGAAGUAGGUGCUGAAGCAUCAUAUAUGGCAGCUUGGAGAAGCCGAGCUGCCAACAAAAGACGUAGGGCAGCAAAAGUAGAUGAGAACUAUCAACGUAUUAAACCAUUACUUGAUAAUUUGCUUUUAGCUAACCCCGGAAGCAUUAUAGCAUUUGAAAUUAAUGCUAAUAAUCGAUUCGAACGUGCGUUUUUAUGCUUAUGGUCAUGGAUUAAAGCUGCUGAACAUUGUAUACAUGUGUUCACUCUUGAUGCUUGCCACUCAAAGUCGAAUUAUAAAGGUGUAUACUUAAGUGCAAGUGUAGUUGACGGCGAGGGCAAAUUAGUUCCUAUAGCUUUUGCUGUAUGCUCAGUUGAAAAUUCUAAUAAUUGGAUGUGGUUUUGUGAGCACUUGUGUAUAGCUCUUUCAAGAAUGAACUCAAACGAAACUGUAAUUAUAAGCGACCGCGAAAAGACAAAGCUUGGAGGCAAAAUCUGGGCAGCGGCAAAGGCAUUACAUAUAAAAGACUUCGAUGAUAUUAUGGAAGAAAUCUUUAAUAUGCAUACGGAAGCCGCGACCUAUCUUAAUGAAAUACCUCACGCAACAUGGACUCUUAGUAAAUGUCCCCGAAACAGAUUCGGCCACCUUACUUCUAAUGCAUCAGAAUCUCUUAAUUCAUGGUUAUAUGAUGAGCGUCUUGUAGAACCAUUUGACGCGAUUAUUUUGUUUGUGCGUAAGGUUAAUACACUUUAUUACGAUCGUCGCACAGCAUACUCUUCAGUGCAGACAAUAUUACCACAAAUGACUACUCAGAGACUUCAGUCAGUCAUUAAUGGAUGCCGUAGCCGAAUGGUUUAUCAAAUUAAUGAAUCAAUUUUUGAG